AUGUCUCCGCAGCGCCUGCAGGAGCUCCACCUGCAGCACAACAGCAUCGAGAUGUUAGCGGAGCAGGCUCUGGUCGGGCUCAGCUCUCUGGCUCUGCUGGACCUGAGCAGGAAUAACCUCCACACCAUCGGCCCUGCCACCCUCAGACCUCUGGUCAGCCUGCAGGUGCUGCGCAUCACAGACAACCCGUGGCGCUGUGACUGCGCUCUGCACUGGCUGAGGAGCUGGAUCGAUGAGGAGGGUCAGCGGCUGCUCAGCUCUGCAGAGCGGCGCCUGGUGUGCACCGAGCCCCCCCGCCUCUCCCACCUCAGCCUGGUGGAGGUCCCCCUCAACAGCCUGGUGUGUAUCCCCCCUCUGGUGCAGCUGGAGCCCAGGAGGCUAGCUGUGCGCCUGGGAGAGAGCCUCAGGGUGUCCUGCCACGCCUCGGGGUAUCCUCGGCCUCAGGUGACAUGGAGGAAGGCGUCCCAGGGUAAGGUGGUGCUCUCCCCCAGAGGCCUGGUCCAGGAGCUGGGAGCAGGAGGAGGUGGAGUGGGUGGAGCCGAGGAGCCGUCAGAGGAAGGCAGAGUCAGUCUGCAGAAGACUGCCGGCGAGCGCUUCGACCCCGACACCGGCAGCGGCAUGCUGUUCCUCAGCAAUGUGACAGUGGCCCACGCAGGUUUUUACGAAUGUGAAGCCUGGAACGCAGGGGGCGUGGCCAGGGUGACCUUCCAGCUGGCCAUCAACUCAUCUACUUCCUCUUCCUCGUCUACCUCCUCCAUCUGGGCCUCGUGGUCCCAGGUGUCCUCGCCGUACUCCCCGUCCUGGCCCCGGCUGAGGAGCCACGGCUCGGCGGCGGGCUCAGAUGUGAGCCGGGAGCCGCUGUACGCUCUGGGCAGCAUGGCCUUCAGUGCUCUGGGGGCUGCCACGCAGACGGCCAUCGCUGCGGGCAUCUCCCUGCUGGCUCUGACCGCCCUGCUGCUGCUCGCCAUGAUCUACAGCCGCCACCACCAACCAGAGAAGGAGGCUGAGGCAGCUGAGAAGGAGGAGAGCAUCCUGUAUGUGAACGACUACUCCGACGGUCCCACCACCUUCGCCCAGCUGGAGGAGUACCGAGACGAGCGCGGCCACGAGAUGUACGUCCUGAACCGGGCCAAGCCUGUGCUGCCUCCUGCCCCCCCCACAGCUGUCUCCACCACCAACCUGGGCUGCCCCGCCCCAUCCGACACCUCCAGCCACACCCUGUCCUCGGGGCAGGGCCAGACAAUGAGUCCCACUCUGGCCCCCAACAAGAAGCUGCAGCAGCAGCAGCAGGAGGGCGACAUACGAACCAUGAGGAGGAUGGCGGGGGAGGGAGGGGAAGCCGAGCCUGUGAUCACAUCAGAGAAUGAGGGGAUGUUUCUAAAUCACACAGGCCUGUUCAUGGACUCUCAGAUCGCCUAUGAGAUCCACUGCUGA